AUGCAAUUUCAGGAUGAUUUCAGGAUACAUAACGUUUACGCAUCACGAAGCACGCAAGACGUGUCACGAAAACAUGCAAUUAGACAUAUUCAAGACGUGUUACGAAACACGCAAUCGGACAUAUUCAAGACGUGUUACGAAACACGCAAUCGGACAUAUUCAAGACCUGUUACGAAACACGCAAUCGGACAUAUUCAAGACGUGUUACGAAACGCGCAAUCGGACGUAUUCAAGACGUGUCACGAAAACAUGCAAUUAGACAUAUUCAAGACGUGUUACGAAACGCGCAAUCGGACGUAUUCAAGACGUAUUACGAAACACGCAAUCGGACAUAUUCAAGACGUGUUACGAAACACGCAAUCGGACAUAUUCAAGACCUGUUACGAAACACGCAAUCGGACAUAUUCAAGACGUGUUACGAAACACGCAAUCGGACAUAUUCAAGACGUGUUACGAAACACGCAAUCGGACGUAUUCAAAACGUGUUACGAAACACGCAAUCGGACAUAUUCAAGACCUGUUACGAAACACGCAAUCGGACAUAUUCAAGACGUGUUACGAAACACGCAAUCGGACAUAUUCAAGACGUGUUACGAAACACGCAAUCGGACGUAUUCAAAACGUGUUGCGAAACACGCAAUCGGACGUAUUCAAGACGUGUUACGAAACACGCAAUUGGAUGUAUUCAAGACGCAUCACGAAGCACGCAAGACGUGUCACGAAAACAUGCAAUUAGACAUAUUCAAGACGUGUUACGAAACACGCAAUCGGACGUAUUCAAGACGUAUUACGAAACACGCAAUUGGAUGUAUUCAAGACGCAUCACGAAGCACGCAAGACGUGUCACGAAAACAUGCAAUUAGACAUAUUCAAGACGUGUUACGAAACACGCAAUCGGACAUAUUCAAGACGUGUUACGAAACACGCAAUCGGACGUAUUCAAAACGUGUUGCGAAACACGCAAUCGGACGUAUUCAAGACGUGUUACGAAACACGCAAUUGGAUGUAUUCAAGACGCAUCACGAAGCACGCAAGACGUGUCACGAAAACAUGCAAUUAGACAUAUUCAAGACGUGUUACGAAACACGCAAUCGGACGUAUUCAAGACGUAUUACGAAACACGCAACUGGACUGCGUUACAUAUUGUCUCAUUUGGGAUUGUGUAAUGUUGCAUUCAUUUGA